AUGGGGGACGAGCGAAAGGGAACGCCACUGCCAGAUGGUCCAUGGGUCACACCUGUUGCAAAAGAAAAAAAAAAAGCAAAAGAGAAGGAAAAAGAAACGACGGGAAAAAGGAAGAAGAGAGAAGAGAAAGAUGGAGAUGUGUACAAUAUAACAGAAAAAAGCAAAUCUGCAAGGCGCCCGCCAAUGGCUAGUCUGCGCCAGCCAUCCUCGCAGGAGCAAGACACUGCGAGCGAAAUUGCGCUACUGUACUGCGCUGAAGCAAGCCUGGGGCGUGGGUCUUCCACACACUCUCUCUUUGGCUGA